AUGGGGUAUCAAUUACAAUUGAUCUACUUAUGUGCACCGUCAAUCAGAUGGAUUGCAUUAUUGCUGAACAGUUUCCUUCUUGUGGAAAGCUGUACUCCGGGCCACUACAGUAUUUGUCCAGAUUGGGGCGGCUGUUCGGAAGACUGUGGUGGGGGGACUAGAUCACGGGUUUGUAGAUCGUGUGUCUGGAAAAUAAAUAGGCGUUUCCAUGAAAAUUGCAAUGAGUUCUGUCGAAAUGGGUACACAUAUUCUGGCGGGCGAUGUCAUUGUUCUAGCUGGAGAGGUGGGAGGUGUUGUGAAGAUUGCAGUAGAAAUUAUAUCGCCCAUUGUCCAAGUUACGAACAUCAUUGUGGAGGAUCCCCGGAUGGUAUCCGUUGUGACAAAUGUAGCGACCCGUAUUAUAGUUUGGGUUAUAACAGAGGUUGUACGGUAUGUCCAUCAAUCGCCGAGUGUAAAUACCGAAGCUGCACAUCAUCCUACAAUGUAUACUGCAAGGAGUGUAACGACAACAAUGUAUUCUUCAAGCGAUACAACGGCGACAAAGAAUGCCAGCGGAUGUGUUCCUGGAACAACCACUAUUGUUGGCCAGGGAGCUGCAGAAAUGGUCUCACCAAGGACUGCUCGUGCGCAGCGGGGUUUACCAGUGUUUCAAAUUAUGCGGAAACGUCGUGUCAACCAAUUCAGAAACCAUCCAUCUUAACAUGUGACACUGUGGCGAUUGGACCAAAUGGUGAAAAGAAGACAGCAAUGUCAUCGAGCAAUUCAACCGAGUGUCAGUAUUUGCAAGAUAUAUAUGGAAAUUAUCAGCCGACGAUUAUGCAGUAUGAUUUGAGCACUGAAUACACAAUUGACAUUUCCAGCUAUUCGCGCCCUUCAUAUAUUGUUGAACAAAACUUCGGAAUAACGGACGUAACAGUAUAUAUGCAACGCCAAUCCGUAUCAGGUUCGCUCACUACUUUACCAACAAACAGACGACUUACAGAUGUAAAUUCGAGCCAGUCUGUUAGGAGCGCACAUUAUGAUUCACAUAAUUUUACGACUACAUACACACUCGCAAAUGGCCAGGCGUUGUGUUUGGACUACGAAGUGAAAGGUGGUGGUUACUUGAAAGCCAAAGAUACAAGAACCCAAACUGUUCAUAGCGCUAAACCUUACCACAAAACUGUAAAACACCGAACAGUCUGCUAUCGCUAUGACAGCCAACCACCUGAACACUGUUCACAAUUAUCAACAUGUGGCUCUGAUCCUUUCCAUCUGAGCAAACGGAUCACGCGGUCAUAUUUCCACAACGUCGAGUUUGACGGUUGGUUGGAUCCUGUUCCUCCAGGGGGAGCCUCACACACCGCUUCAUCUAUUGAGAGCUACGAAAUUCGGGUUAAUGAAGUUUUGUCCUCGGAAGGGACGCUGAAGGUAAAUUACGCAAAUAACGUUUUGAGUACAAUGGUUAACCACACAGUCACAAACAUGGAUCUAAAUCUUACUUCAGACACACCGAGGCUCUAUUGUUUAACACUUGAGGUGAAUGAUGUGGCAGGCAAUGUUCGACAGUCACGCCGCUUUGUUCUAUACGAUAACACUUCGUCCAUUCAAAUCUGGACUGAAAAGCCUUUCAGAUUUACAUCAUCGUCACCUGCUACAGAUUACACAUGGCAAACCCAUCACAGCGAUGUCUGUAUAAGCUGGAAAGAUUAUUUUUACAACGAUUUCUACAUUCAAAAUGAACUUCUGAAUCCUAUUGAGCCCGAUCCGGACGAUCUCAUUAGCCACUCAUUCGAGCAAACAACUGGGGAGAUACCUGUUUCUGGAACAUCGAAUGUGUAUGGUAUUAUUGCAUACCAUAUAUCGUGGAGCCUGAAUCACGGUACAUUUUCUGUAGAACAACCUGUCCCUUCAUUCAAAAAUCAAUCAUUUUGCAAGGAUUUGAAUGUUACUGAUGGAGAUACUUACACACUGAACGUAAAGGCUAUUGAUAUAGCUGAAAAUACCCUUAGCGAUAACCGAACUGUAUUUAUUGAUGGCUCUGCACCACACCUCCACGACCUAUGGCUUAUUGAAGACACUAUAAGAUACGAUAUGCUGUAUGUACAUAAAAGCACGGACUUGUCCAAAAUGAAGAUGACGUUUGCCGCACUUGAUCCACAUAGUGGGAUAUCUAAAAUACAUUGGACGUUUGGAAUAGCCGACACAAUGACCGAGCUUCUAAGUGAGCACCAUGCUGUUAUGACCAUAAAUGAUUCAUGCUCAUCAGAAGAAUGCUACUGCCCAGAUAUUGGUUCCUGUGCAUACAUAAACUACACAAUACCACUCGACAAAUUAAAUGUUAAGAAUACGCAUAAUGGCACUCACAACGGAACCUAUUAUUUUACUGUAAAAGUAACAAACAUGGCUGGGCUUUCAACAACGGAACAAAUAGACGUGCUUGUUGAUGAAUGGCCUUCUUUAGAUGGUGAUGUUAACGAAGGUAAGUUGAACACAAUUCAUAUAAUAAAGACACUGCUUGAAUUUCUCAUUUUACAAACUACAACUAUACCAAUUAUGCCUUUGACGUAUUAUUACGGCCUUGAAGUCGAUCGUGCAGCGCUCGAUUACAAGUCAUAUACGUUUCAUAUGAAGGGGACUACUUCAUUUCUUUGCCGGAGUUUCGGUGAAUCACUAAACUAUGAAGGGGAACCAAAACAGCUUAUCAUUCAUUGCUCAUAUUACGCGCGUGCAGGCCGGUAAGCAAAUUGUACAUGUUUUUUUUGGCGGGAAACAAAAUAUUUAUGAACUAAGAUUGAUAUGUAUGUAUUCGCAUUUAUAUAAACAGUCGCCGUCUGUCAAUCAAAAUAAACGCUUAUCCAAUGAUAUAUCGAUUCUAGAUACAACAUCAGUAUCGCAUCCGCGCCAUUUUUUCGUCUGCAUUAUCCAAAUUUUGGAUUCUCUUCUACUUUUGGUCGAGUUGGUUAAAUGAUGUCAUAGGGGUGUAUCUAUUCUGACAGCCGAUACCCAGAAGGAUUGGUAGGUGGUGUGUAAAUUAAUCCAUUCCCGAAGCUUUAAAAAUGAGCGGUUUCACUAAACAAUUGACUGUACAGAACAUAGACGGAAACUGCGACAUAUUUUGCAUAUACCAAGGUAUACGGUGCAGGACUUUUUUAACCCAGUCUCGAGCGAUGUUUGAUAUUUAACCUUAGAAUGCUCAAGGUCGUAGGUAACCGAUUAAAAAGUUUUAAGUUAUAAAAUAAUUAUUGACAAUCUUACUUCAUGCCAUCAAUGUAUUGAGUUAUUCAACAGGUACUGAUUUUAAGAGAUGUACAGUUAUGUACAAAGUAAAUCUAAAUAUAGAUGCUAAGCUGGUAUUGUCAUUUGCAAAAGGUUUGUACAUUAUCAAAUAUGAUUGUAAGUUAUCAAUUAUUAGACACGGCCUGGGGGCCGCGUCUAUAGGGAUACAUGUUUG